AUGGAGGCCCGCUGCGCGACCGCUCCCUUCCCGGCGCUGCUGCAGUUCCCCUACGCCCGCGCCUCCCUGCGCCCAUUCGGGCCGCCGCGGCCGAUCCGCCGCAAAUGGGCCGUUCCGUGCACCGGCGAUCCGCAACGGGAGGGCAACGGCGUGGCUCCGACUCCAGGAUUGAAGGACACAGUACGGAAGGGAGUUGAGAAGCUUGGCACAUUUGUUGAAGGCCUCAAGGCACAGAAUGUAAGCCUCAGCGCUGCAGGCAGUCGUCUGUCUGAGAGCUUGCAGGAAGACAUCGAGAGGAGCUACUUUGCAGGGGGAGACACAGACAUGAGCGCAUUUGACAAGGAUUGUGUUUUUGAGGAUGCCCGAGGGUGCUAUGAGGGGGUUGCAGCAUACAAGGACAAAUGCAAGAGUCUUGGCAGGGUCAUGACCGACGUGCAUGUGGAGGCUGUGGCGUGGAGGGAGCAAGGGGAAACACUGACAGCAUUCUGGCAACUAUCAUGCCAGCUGAAUGGACCUCUGAGUCCGACUUUUGAGUCACAGGGAGAGACAACUUACGUCAUAAGUAAGGGCAAGGUGGUGCAGCACUAUGAGCAAUGGACUGCAAUCGUUCCACGCACCUCACUGGAAAUCCUCCUGUAUGCCCUUUCCGAUGGGAGGCCAGAAUGGCUGUGCUCUGGAGUGUCAAGAUUUGUGAUCUUGUCUUCUUCAGUGGUUGUGUUUUCAUCCCUUUUCACAAAAGCCACAACUGGGGAAGGACUUCAGGGCGAAUUCCUCGGGUCUGUGGAGGGGGUGUCCUACCUGGCCUUUGUGGCUGCCUUGCUCUUCGAGUUGCUGAGGAGCAGCAAAGAGAGAGGCAAGGCUGCAAGGACAGGCCUUUAUGUCGUGGAUGCGGGUCUGUACUCGGCAGCAGAGAAGGCUGAGGCUGCUGCCGCAGGGGCUAGAAAAGCUGCAGAACUGGCUAUGGCUGCUGCUACAGAGUGCGCUUCUGGUGUAGACAAGGUGAAGGAUGCCCUUGAAGUGGCUACUCCUGCCACAAGGGCCAGUCCUGCCGGCCGCAAAGCCAGUAUGGCUGCUGAUGAUGCCAGUGCUGCUGCACUGGCAUCCAAGGAUGCAGCUGGCGUGGCAAGCGAUGCUGCAGAGGCAGCUGCAGCUGCAGCCACCAAGGCUAGGUCAGAUGCUGACAAUGCAAGGGAGUCACGGAAGCAGUACAAUGCCUUGGCCAUCAGUGGAACUCCAAAAGAAGAAGUUAGUCUUGCGGAGGAGGCAGCAAGCCGAGCUGAGUUGGAGGCAAGCUCUUCUGGGGAUGCUGCUGGUAUUGCUGCUGGGGAUGCAAGUGCUGCUGCCCUUGCAGGUGUUUCUGCAGCAGACAAAGCCACCACUGCUGGAGCAGAGGCACGUGCUGCUGCUGAUAGACUCUCCUCAGCAAGUGCUGAUACUGCUGCCACUGAGAGUUGGGCAACCCCUGUGGAUCAAACUGCCCCCAAAAAGGCUUCGAUUGUCGAUGCCGCCACUUUGAAGGCUGCUGUCGACAAAGCUGCUGCAACCCAGGAUGCAGCGAGCACUGCUGCCAGCAACUGCAAAGAAGCAGCUGAUGAAGCCAAUGCAGCAGUGCGCGAUUGUCGCAGCGCAGCAAACAAUGCGAAAGUUGCAGCAAAGAGGGCCAGUGCUUCUGAAGCCAUGUGCAGCGAGGCAUUGGAUGCUGCUUCGACUGCAGAAGAAAAUAGCCCUGCUGGGCAUGAUGCCCGCACUGCCGCUGAUGGGGCAAAGACAGCAAGCCUGGAGGCAGCCAAGGCUGCUGAUGCUGCAAGUUCUGCAGCAGAGGAGGUCAGCGGUGCUGCUUCCAGAACUCAGGCAGCUGCUGCCAGUGCCCUGGCUGCAUCUAGGAACUGUGCUGCGGUGGUGGCCAAAGGCAGUGCCAAGGACAUAAUGGCUGCUGUGGACAUGACACAGUCUGCUAUUUCCGAUGCCAAAUCUGCAGCCAAGAAAGCUGGUGCUGCCAUGAGUAAGGCUCUCACUGCCUGUGCUGAGGCCAAUUCAGCAGCGGACAAUGCAGUUCCUCCCACAGAAAAGGCUGCUGCAGCUGCGAAGGCGCUCCAGGCAUUGUGCAAGGCAGCUGCCAAUGAAUUGCUGGCUCUCCUGCGCCAGGCAAAGGAUGCAGAGAAAAAGGGUAAUGUCUGUGCCCGAGAUGCAAGCAGUGCUGCUGAGAGAUGCAAGAGCGCUGCUGUUGAGGCAAGGAAUGCUGCUGACAAAGCUGGGGAAUGCGCUGUUGUGGCAAGCUCUGGUGCAGAAAAGGCAGUUGCUGCGCUGAAUGCCAGCUCUGCUGAAGACAAAGCAAGCCCUAUUGGGCGCAAGGCUGCAGCUGCUGCAGAGAAGGCGAGUGCAUUGUGCCAGGAGGCUCGUGCUGCUGGAAGUAGAACCAGCAAUGCUGCAGAUGUGGCCACAGAUGCAGCCAUGAAGGCGACAGGAGCGGCAGAUGAGGCUGUUGCUGCCAGCGAUGCCUGCCAAGCACUUGACAAGAAGUCUCCCAUGGCUGUUAUUGAGGCAGCCAUUGAGAAAGCGAGUGGGGCAUAUGAAAGUGCCCUUGCAGCUGUGGCCAAGGCCACCGCUGCGGAGAAGGAAGCUCUUUCUGCUACAAGAGAAGCCAACAGUGCUGCAGACAAGGCUGCAGGUGCAGGCAGGGAGGCGAGUACAGUGGCAGAGAAACUGUCAGAAGUGUGUGCAGGUCGACAAGCUGAGGACACAGCUCUGAAGUCAACUGCCUUGAGGAGUGCCGGACAGUUGAGUGAUGAUGUGCGUGCGGUGGCUGUUGCAGCAAAGACAGCGGCAGAGAUGGCCAGGGCGUCUGCCCUGGAAGCCAUCAGUGCCGCAGAAAAGGCUGCAGCAGGUGCUGGUGAAUGCAGAAGUGGUGGUGACAAGGCAACUGGAGCAGUUGACGCAAGUCCUGCAGCUAGGGGCAGUGAUGCUUGGCGCAGAGCUGUAGCUGCAGCAAGAGAAGCUGCCAGUCUUGCAACAAAGGCAUCUGGAGCAGAACAGGAAGCAAUUGCAUCUGCCGCAAUGACAAAUGCAGCUGCUGAUGCAGCCCUUGCAGCUGCUGAUGUUGCGGGCAGUGCACAGAAGUCCUGUGAGGCGCUUCGGGACGAUGCAAGCCUGGAGGAUAUUGAGAGCACGAUUAAAGAAGCCAGAAGUGCCAUCAAGGAGGCUGGAGUAGCAGCCGAGAAUGCUAAUUCAGCUGCUGUGGACACAAGUGGGACAGCUGCUGCUGUGGAAAGAGCUGCAGAAAAUGCUGCUGAAUGUGGGAAGGAAGCCGUUGCUGCUGCAGAUGCCCUGCUUGCAGCUUGCAAAGCCAUGGCUGCGGAAACUGCCCAAGCCGCUGCUGGCAAGGCUGCGGCUUCUAAAGCAACGGCUGACAAAGCUGCUUCUGACAAGGCUGCUGUUGUCAGGGAGGCCACAGCAGUGCUGGAAUUGGCAGCUGCUGCUGUGAAUGACUGCAAACAAGCAGUUGAUGAGGCCCAUGAAGCUGUAGACAAAUGCAAAACAGCUGGGGAUUAUGCAAAGUCUGCAGCUACCAGAGCCCGAGCUACUGAAAACAAAUGCAUUGAUGCACUUGCGGCUGGUUCUCCAGCUGUCAAGAAGACUGCAGCUGGACGCCAUGCCUAUGAGGCCGCAGAUGGGGCAAAGACUGCAUGCCUGCUUGCAACCAAGGCUGUCGAAAAAGCAUUUGCGCUGGCAGAUGAGGCCAAUAGUGCUCUUGUUGGAGUUGGUAAGGCUAAAGAGAGCUUGAUGGCUGCACAAAAGGAUUGUGCUGCUGCCGUUGAUAAGGGGGAUUCUAAAGCCAUCUUGGCAGCUGUGGCAAAGACGGAAGAAGCUAUUCGUACCGCCAGCUCAGCUUCCAAGCAAGCCAGUACAGUUGUAUCCAAAGCCAUCGAUGCUGCUGAGGAGGCCAUCAAGGUCGCCAACAAUGCUCGUGCCCCUACAGAUACAGCCUAUGAAGCUGCAAAUAGGUUCAUUAGUGCAUGCAAGAUGGGCAUCGAUACCUUGGCUAAAGCUCUGCAGGAUGCUAAGGAGGCAGAGAAGGUGGCAAGUGACUGUGCUCGUGAUGCAAGUAGUGCAAGCAGCACAUGCGGCAGUGCCGGAGCUGAGGCCAGCAGUGCAGCAGACAAGGCAGUUGCUUGUGUUGCUACAGCAAAGUCAGCAAUAGACAAGGUAGCCGCUUCACUAAAAGCAAGCCCCCGCCAAGACAGGAAAAGCUCUGUUGGGAGGAAGGCUUCAGAAGCAGCAGAGACAGUGCAGGCCCUGUGCUUGGAGGCUGAGAGUGCUGCAGAGAAAGCUGCCAAUGCUGCAGGAGUAGCCAAUGAUGCAUAUGCCAAAGUAGCAGAAUCAGCCGACAGCACUGCUUAUGCAUGUGAUCUGUGCAAGCCACUUGACAUGGAGUCUCCUUUGGAGAAAAUCGUUGGUAACACAACCAGAGCAGUUUUUCUGGCCCGCGAGGGCCGAGAAGCCAUUUCCGAGGCGGCUGUCGCAGAAAAGGAUGCCCUUGCUGCUGCAAAGGCUGCCAUGGACACUGCAGACAGGGUUGCCAAAGCAGCUGAGGAAGCUGUGUCUGCAGCAGACGAGCUGACUGAACAGGUGAAGGCCGACCGUGCUGCCAAGAAAAUUCGGCAGAAGACUGCUGUGACCCGUAGGUCGGCAUACAUUGCAGGUCUGGACUGCAGGAGAGCUGCAGAGAAGUCAAGAGUUGGCAGUGUCGAGGCCAGCAAGGCUGCAGAACAGGCGUAUGCUGCAGCAGCAGAUGUGGAAUCUGCAUAUGAGAAAUUGCUGGAAGUAUUUGAAGUCAAUCGUCCGGCCAGAGGAUCACGUUCUUGGCAAAAGGCACUAGCGGUCGAAAAGAAAGCCAGGGGUUUGGCAGCUGCAGCCAGUGCAGCUGCAGAUGUUUGUGCAGCUGCUGGAAAGGAAUGCCUUGCCUUUUCACUUGAGGCUACUGCUGCAGCAGACGAAGCAGGUGCAGCCGCACGGAAAUGUGCAGCUCUGGGACCUUUUGCUUCUGCAGCUGAAGUUGAGACGUCCAUAAAGACAACUGCUGCACUUAUUGUGAAUAUGUACGGUGCCCACAAUAAGGCACUUGAGGCAGAAAUUGCUGUUCGUCUUCCAACGAGGCAGGCCAGAAAUGCUGCAAAGAAGGCUAGUAAAGCUGCCCUUGAGGCCAGAGCUGCGGCUGAUGCUCUGGUCGUCGCUGCCAAAGAUGCGUUAGCACAAGAAGCCAGAGAUGCGGAGAAGAAUGCUGCUAUUGUGAGCAAGGCACGUGCAGCAGGGAAGGAAACAACCAAAAUUGGAUUUGAAGCCUGUGAUUCUGCAGACAAGACUCUUGAUGCUGCACUAAAUGCAGCCAAAGUCGCGGAGAAAGCAGGAGAUGCCGCUCGCAGGGCUGCCACGGGGGCAGAGAGGGUGGCAGCAGCAUUUAAGUCUUGCUCCCAGGAGGAAAAAGCAAGUCCUGCUGGAAUGGCGGCCAGGGCUGCAGCUGACAAAUCUAGGGCAGCAUCGAAGAUUGCAAGGAAGGCAGCAGACGUAUGUGCAAAAGCUGCAAAGAGGGCCAAAUCCGCUUCGGAGGAAUGCCGAGAGGCUGCCAGUAAGGCGAUAACCGUGGCUGCCAAUGCUCAAACUCUUCGUGUAGAACUGCAGGAUAGAAUGGCUGGGGGAGACCCCUAUGUCUCUGGAGAAGAUGUGGUUAAGGCUGUGGAGAAGGAAAAGGCCACCAAUCUUGAGGCUGCCAAUAUUGUGAAACGCUGCAAUGCAGCUGCUCUUGAGGUUGCCAAUGCUGUUGCAGUGGCAGCUCCUGCAGGAGACGAGGCUGCUGUGGCAGAGAUUGAAGCCAACGGAUUUGCAGAUCAGAUUUUGAACGCCAGAGAUUCUAGGCUCGCCGGCUUGUUUGAAGACAGGAUUGCUGCUGAGGCUGAGGCACGCACAGCUGCUAAAACAGCAAAGGAGGCGGCUGUGAAAGCUGCUGAUGCUGCAGAAUAUGCCAAAACGGCCGCUGUCGAAGCCAAUUCUGGUGCAGACAGGGUCGGUGACUGUGCACGAAACUCUAAGCAGCUUGCUGGUCUGUUGUCUACAGUUGCCAACAAAGUCAACGGUGCUGCCGACGGCGCCAGUGCUGCUGCAGCAGAGGCCAAUGGUGCAGCCAACAGGGCAAGUGCAGGAUCAGCUCAGGCUAUGGCUGCUGCAAAGACAGCCACAGAUGCUGGAGGCAGGGCUGUGUCCGCUGCAGACAGGGCCAACGCCAUUGCACAGGAAGCCAGUGCAUGUGCAGACUCAGCGGUCAAGGCAGGAAACACGAGCAACACUGCCGCAGACAGGGCCCGAGCCACAGCUCGCUUGGCCAAUGGUGCUGCAGACAAGGCAAGCCUGGCAGCCAGCAAGGCAGCUUCUGCUGCUGAGAAAGCCGUGCUGUCUGCCAUGGAAGCCCGCGCUGCAUCUGAUGCUGCCAGGACUGUGGUGAAGAAGGCAGAUGUUUGCGCAACCAAGGCGCUGGCUGUGGCAGACUCGCCUAAAUCGACCCCUGCUGAACUCAGAACUGUGGCCAAUGCUGCCAACGCAGCUGCGGCAGAGGCCGCCGAAGCUGCUCGCAGGGCGAUAGCUGCGGCCGACAGGGCCAAGGCUGAUUGCCAGUUUGCCAUAGACACUGGAGACGAGGCUGCUACCGCAGAGAAGGAGGCUUCUGUGGUUGCGGACAACUGUGCUGCUGUUAUCAAUGAGAUCAAGGCCACGCAGGAGCUGGUGGGCAGGUGGACCCGGAAGGCACGUGUGGAAGCGGACAGGGCAAAUGCGGCAGCUGCAAGGGCCACUGCAGCAGCAUCGAGCACAAAGGGACCAUCCCUACCAUUCAGAAGGCCAUCAUUGGCCAUUAACCUUGGAGGCCUGCUUGGUAGUGGAGGAGGGGGCCGUGGCGGAUAUGGGGGUGGCGAUGGCGGCAGAGGAGAUGGUGGCAGGGAUGGUGGGGCUGGCGAUGAGCCCGCUGACGACUUCUUUUCCUGGUUCUUGCCUGGUGCACUUUAUGUGGCUCUUAUAUAUGCCACAUGGUGUCUGAUCAGCUACAGAGUCCAUGAGCAGAGGUGGGGCGAGAGGAGACUGCUGGGUGCCAAAAUACCAGCACGUUCUGAUGGCAGCAUGUUUGAGUACCUCAGGCCAUUCGUGGAUGCGGUCCAGCCCAAGCCGGAGCAACCAAGUGUGGCGCCAGUGGCACAGGACUACAAAUCGAACAAGGCAAGCCCUCUGCCAGCGGUACAGGGAUAUGCGCCAACAACAAAGUCACGGGACUUCAAGCCUGCAUCAACUUCGCGCGACCUGAAGCCUGCGUCAAUUGCACAAGAUUACAAGUCCACAUCAGCAUCGCGGGGCUAUGUACCUGCAUCAAUUUCAAAGGGGAAUUUGCCACAAUCUGCAGAAUCGGCUCAAGAGAUUCAGGGGAUGGGCUAUGGGAUGUCUGGGCUGAUGUUUGCAAUUUUCGUUGGACUGGCAAAGAAUGGGCCCAAGCCUUCAGCAACCUGA